CUGCACUCUCAAGCGAAGCCAGAGAUUCCUCUAAACUAGAGAUUCUCACCGACUGUUUUAUUUCUAUUCAAUAAUAUAAAACGGGCGCAUUCUCCUCGUCCCCUCUCUUCUCUUCAAACAGCCCUCCCAUCUCAUCCUUCUCCUUCUCUUCAAGCCCUUAUCAUACACACUCUUACCUCUAUUUGCCGCGCUCAUCCCCUCUCAAUCGUUCAAGUGACCAAGCAGCAGCGUAUUCCGCAUCACUUCUAUCCUUCUAUUUAUUACUUUCAUUACUAUCGACCUUUCGCCAACAUGCUGCUGAAGAUCUCCACCGUGUCCGCCCUCCUUUUGGCCGCCUCCUCUGCUGUAGCCUUCCCGUCCUUCAUCCAGUCCGAGAGAUUGGCCCCCGUUAUUUCCUCCGUCGAGGCCGAGGUCGUUCCUGACUCGUACUUUGUGGUCUUCAAGGACGGCGUCCGCGCGUACGACCAAGCUGCCUGGGUUAGCGACCUUCACCACCAGGACCUCAUGAUGAACGGCGCCUGGGACGAUGGUUUCGACGAGAGCAUGAUAAACGGUGUCAACCAUUUGUAUGACAUGGGCUCGUUCCAGGGUCUUGCUGGUCGCUUCCGCCCUGAGGUGUUGGAUGAGAUUCGUAGGAACCCCGACGUAAGUGCUUUGCCUUGUGGAACUUUAUUGGUUCAUUUAGUUCGAUUUUCUUUGUUGGGUUCCUGAAGGGGUGUGUGUGUGUGUGUGUGUUUUUAGGGU